AUGGCAGCGCUGCGCCGCACCUUGGGUUCCCUGGCUGGAAGCUGCCUGGCCGAUCGCCGCCUCUGGGAUCGGCUCCAUGCACAGCCUCGUCUGGGCAGUGUCCCCACCUUCGACUGGUUCUUUGGCUACGAAGAAAUUCAGGGUCUUCUUUUGCCACUACUGCAGGAAGCACAGGCUGCCUGUCCACUACGGGUGCUAGACGUGGGCUGUGGGACCUCCAGCCUGUGCACAGGUCUUUUUACCAAGUGCCCACACCCUGUGGAUGUCCUGGGGGUAGACUUUUCUCCUGUGGCUGUGGCGCACAUGAACAGCCUCCUAGAGGGGGGUCAAGGCCAACCCCCUCUGCGCCCUGCACACCCGGCCUCCUGCCUACGCUUCAAGCAAGCUGAUGCCCAGAACCUGCAACCAGUGGCUCCCUCUAGCUCCUUUCAGCUGGUACUGGACAAGGGUACCUGGGAUGCUGUUGCCCGGGGUGGUCUGCCUGGGGCCUACCAGCUGCUGUCUGAGUGCCUGAGAGUCCUGGGCCCUCGGGGGACCCUUAUUCAGUUCUCUGAUGAAGACCCUGAUGUGCGGCUACCCUGUUUGGAACAAGGGUCCCCGGGCAGUACGGUGACUGUGCAGGAGCUAGGUCCUUUGAGAGGGCUUACUUACUUUGCUUACUUGGUUCAAAGCUCUCAUUAA